UUCACAGCGCAUAGGAUUGGGGGAACUAUUUGGAUGUUGUACUUCCGGAUACCGUCAGCUGUCAACAAUUUUGCAAUGAGUUUUGAGUGGCCCUGGCAAUAUAAUUUCCCACCGUUUUUUACGUUACAGCCCAAUGUUGACACAAGACAGAAACAACUUGCGGCAUGGUGUUCCCUUGCACUGUCCUAUUGCCGCCAUCACAAGGUCUAUACAUUGGACGUCAUGGAAGCCCAGGAGAGCCCCGUGUUCAACAACAAGAAAAUAGAAAGAAAAUUGUCAACGGAAGCCAUUCAAGUUAUAUUUGAGGAAUUGAGAAAAAAAGGCAACCUGGAAUGGUUGGACAAGAAUAAGACCCGGUGUCUAGUCAUGUGGAGGCGACCAGAGGAAUGGGGCAAGCUGAUAUACCAGUGGGUCUCUAAAAGCGGCAUGGUCAACUCAGUGUUUACACUCUACGAGCUGUGCAACGGCGAGGAUACGGAAAGCGAAGAGUUCCAUGGUCUAGAAGAGUGGAUGCUUCUGCGGUCGCUGCAGGCCCUGCAGACAGACGGCAAGGCAGAGAUCAUCACUAUCGAUGACGGGAAGGGAGUCAAGUUCUUCUGAGAGACUAAUGGAGUGAAAUGUUGGCUAAAGCUUGGAGACCUGUAACCGUCUGCUGUUUCAGUUUGUCUCUGGCACCUCAGCAUCCAGCAAAGUGUUUGGUUGUAGUCAUUGUCUGGUUAGAAAGUUGCCUUGUUUGGUUUACCCAAAUGUUGAGCCUUUUCUUAUUAGAAGGGAACCAAUUCCAUCUUAUACCUAAUAAGUAAAAGUUUGCUUUAGGCAUCUGAUGCCCAUCAUUCAAGGGAUUCAUAUCCAUUCUUUCUAGGUUUUCUUUGAGAAAUACCUUUCCCUCAAUCCUUAACUUUGACUUGAUAUACUUUCUGUUUUGUACAUAUGACUAUGUUUUAUUAUUUUCUCUGAAUUAACAAGUCCACCUGAUAACAUGUAGUGUGCAUACCUCUCUGCUGUAUGGGUGUUCCUCUUUACCACUUGAAAUCCCAAAGAAACCUCAGAAAUGACAUCCUAGAGACACUGUGUGGGUUUGAAAUGCUUCUUAAAGAGAAAUCAUGGUUUAGUUAAACUGUAAUAGUGCAGGUGGUGGACCUCUUCUUACAGUACCUGUGACACUCCUGGCAUUCUGUCUCUGUAUUCAACCUCCUUUUUUUACCAGUGAAAACAAAAAUAAACAGGGAGAGAAAUUUGCUACCUA